AUGCAGCACCACCUCACACCACCUUCGACAUCAGCAACAGGCAAAGUACUUUAUUUAGAAGUGUAUCACAGUAUGAACCAUCCGUCUUCAAUCAGUGGAAUAAGGCAAGGAGAAGAAGGCAAGGAGAAGAAGGCAAGGAGAAGAAGGCAAGGAGAAGAAGGCAAGGAGAAGAAGGCAAGGAGAAGAAGGCAAGGAGAAGAAGGCAAGGAGAAGAAGGCAAGGAGAAGAAGGCAAGGAGAAGAAGGCAAGGAGAAGAAGGCAAGGAGAAGAAGGCAAGGAGAAGAAGGCAAGGAGAAGAAGGCAAGGAGAAGAAGGCAAGGAGAAGAAGGCAAGGAGAAGAAGGCAAGGAGAAGAAGGCAAGGAGAAGAAGGCAAGGAGAAGAAGGCAAGGAGAAGAAGGCAAGGAGAAGAAGGCAAGGAGAAGAAGGCAAGGAGAAGAAGGCAAGGAGAAGAAGGCAAGGAGAAGAAGGCAAGGAGAAGAAGGCAAGGAGAAGAAGGCAAGGAGAAGAAGGCAAGGAGAAGAAGGCAAGGAGAAGAAGGCAAGGAGAAGAAGGCAAGGAGAAGAAGGCAAGGAGAAGAAGGCAAGGAGAAGAAGGCAAGGAGAAGAAGGCAAGGAGAAGAAGGCAAGGAGAAGAAGGCAAGGAGAAGAAGGCAAGGAGAAGAAGGCAAGGAGAAGAAGGCAAGGAGAAGAAGGCAAGGAGAAGAAGGCAAGGAGAAGAAGGCAAGGAGAAGAAGGCAAGGAGAAGAAGGCAAGGAGAAGAAGGCAAGGAGAAGAAGGCAAGGAGAAGAAGGCAAGGAGAAGAAGGCAAGGAGAAGAAGGCAAGGAGAAGAAGGCAAGGAGAAGAAGGCAAGGAGAAGAAGGCAAGGAGAAGAAGGCAAGGAGAAGAAGGCAAGGAGAAGAAGGCAAGGAGAAGAAGGCAAGGAGAAGAAGGCAAGGAGAAGAAGGCAAGGAGAAGAAGGCAAGGAGAAGAAGGCAAGGAGAAGAAGGCAAGGAGAAGAAGGCAAGGAGAAGAAGGCAAGGAGAAGAAGGCAAGGAGAAGAAGGCAAGGAGAAGAAGGCAAGGAGAAGAAGGCAAGGAGAAGAAGGCAAGGAGAAGAAGGCAAGGAGAAGAAGGCAAGGAGAAGAAGGCAAGGAGAAGAAGGGCCGCAAGCGCGUAACUAAUGUGUUUCGUCUCCCUGAUGCUGCCCUUAAUUUGCUUCGUAUAAACGAUGCUGAGCUGCGAAGCAGAGCGCAGCCCCCGACACGCCGUGGCAGCCCUGGUGCGAGCAGCAGGCGUUUGUUCGUAUCAAGCAGCUUGUGUGCAGGCGGAGCUGCAACAGAUGACAGAGGUCGGCGACUGCCUGAUCUCCGUAUCAAUUAG